AUGGGUUUCAACCAGUCCAGUUCCGAUGCUUGCCUGUAUAUGAAAGACCUUGGACGUGGCGAAUGGAUAUAUCUUUUGAUUUAUGUAGACGACAUCAUCGUGGCUUGUCGUUUGCAGGAGGAGAUCGACAAAGUGCAACGGGAACUUGGACAACACUUCAGGAUCACGGCGUUGGGACCAGUUAGCCAUUUCCUUGGCAUAGCGGUGACCAGAGGUGAUGACGGUAUUUAUACAAUCAACCAAGGUACUUUCAUUCAGAAAAUCGCGGAAGAAUACUGUCUCGACGGUGCCAAGAAGUCUAGUAUCCCUAUGGACGUUGGAUAUUACAAACACUCUACGAAUUCUGAAUACUUGCCUGAUAAUACGAAGUAUCACAGUCUUGUAGGAUCUCUCUUGUACAUCUCUACCAACACGCGUCCAGAUAUAGCGGCUAGUAUUUCUAUUUUGAGUAGAAAAAUCAAGAACCCUACGGAUGUCGACUGGACUGAGCUGAAGCGGACGGUGAAGUACCUCUACGGAACAGCGAAUUUUGGAUUGAAACUUGGUUCUACCGUCACGGAAGGUCAACUGAAGCUGGAAGCCUUUUGUGACGCAGAUUGGGCCGGAGACACAGUCGACCGGAAGUCCAACAGUGGAUUUGUGUUUCGGCUUGGACAGUCUUCCGUUAGUUGGGGUAGCCGGAAACAACCCUGCGUAUCAGUCUCUACGAUGGAGGCAGAAUACGUAGCAUUGGCAGAAGUGUCACAGGAAGCAACUUGGCUACGAGAGGUGCAAUCCGCCCCGACAGUGGUCUGGGAGGACAAUAGAAGCUGCAUAGACUUUGUGGCAUUGGAGAAGCAAAACCGCAGAUCGAAACACAUAGACACUAAAUUCCAUUACGUGAAGGAUUUGGUAGCUGGAGGUGCAAUCACUUUGCGGUAUUGUGCGACUGAUAACAUGUUGGCGGACGUCAUGACCAAACCUCUUGGUCCGGCAAAGAUGAGGAAGUUUGCUGACAUGCUAGGUCUGGUGGCUAUCAAGGCUGGCCAUCGGUCAUAA